AACAUUUAUCUAUGCGAUAAGCUGAUAAACAGCAUCAAGCGCAUUCCGCUUUCCAAGAACAUUUUCAUUUGCUUCAAUAUUUAAUAGAGUAUAAUUGUUUUAUUUUAUUGUGCGCGAUGCACACUCAGUUGUAACUUGAGUUACGCGGGCGAAGCGACAUACAAACAUUACUCCUUGAGGUGGAACGACCGUGCUUUUGUUUCGAGAUUAAACACGUUAUUAGAUCUCGGACAUGUGAACGAUUCACAAUGGCUCUUUCCUCAAAUUGUUGGAAAUAUCUCGUGUUGACGUUCAACGUUUUAUUCGCGAUGUCAGCGGUUGUACUUUUCGGUGCUAGUGGGUUUCUGUUAUACCGUUUAUUUGUAUACCGGCAUUUCAUUGGUGUAAAUGUAGAGUAUCCAGCAAUACUUCUGCUAAUGAUGGCCAUCAUUACAUGUUCGAUUGCCUGGAUUGGGUGGAGGACAGCAAAAUCUAUGCACCAAAUACACGUGAUAAUGGCUGGCCUAUUAAUUUUGCUAGUGGUGGUUAUAGAAUUUGUUUGUUUUGUAUGGGCAAUGGUGGUAUGGGACAACAUUGAAAUUGACAUUAAAACUACGAUGACAGCAUACUUCCUAGAAACUAGUACAAAAGAAACAAAUCCGGACUCAAUACGAUGGGAUCGACUUCACGUAAAGUUCGAAUGCUGUGGCGUCAGCGGUCCCGCAGACUACAGUUCUACGGGGCACGUGCCAUUCUCCUGCUGCGGCCAGGGUCCUCUAGACUCAAUACAGAAGCCAUAUACUGCAGACUGUACUACGGUGUACCAGCGCGGCUGUGGAAACUUGCUUCACGUGUAUGCGAAGGAGCAACUGCUUUUUGUUGCCAUGGUUGCGCUUAUUGCGUCUGUUAUUCAGAGUACCGGAAUUUUCUGCACGUUCUUCCUGGCUCAUGCCAUCAAGGAGAAAUGGCGUGCGUCCAUACGAACCUCUACUAUCGCCCGAGAGUCCACUUUUGCUGCACCAGAUGACUCCCUAUUAGCAUCUCCCACCGCGCCUGCGCAGACCUUGCCAAAGUAUUAACACGUGUAUUCUAUAAUCUAUGAAACGCGCAUUGUGAGAGCUGAAUGUGAAUGGACCAAAAAUCCCAAACGAGUCUGAAAAUUAACCAUAUCUUUGUUCAAAUGUUGGAUCAUAGAGUAAUCACAUAUUGUUCUGCUUUAGUCAGACGCAAUAAUCAUAUUUUCUACCUUCGAGCAGUAGUGUGCCAGUACAUCAUCAUCAAAAUUAAGUCUACUUUCAAGAGAACUCCGGCACAUUUAACAGUGCUCAAGUCAAUAGUGUACAAAUGGAUAUUGGCAUGAGUUUUAUUUUACCACGUCACAUUGGAUGCGCAGACGUUUUCUAGGUCUUUCUCGAACUUUCUCCAGCCACGGAAGAUACGUGCCGUUUUAAACGUUAGCCCCGUCGAAGUAUGCUGAAUGUUACAUACUUCCAGACUAGUUCCUAAUUAAACACAUGGAUUUAUAAAAGCUAUACGUAAGUAGAAUUCUCUAAGGCCAAAUUUUUUUAUUACCGUCCACGGUGAAGCUUUUGAAUAUUUUUAACGAACUUUACGAUACUUACCCACUUAUAUUUUAUAUAGUAAGUAUUUUAGAUACGUAAUUUACGUAAUUUUAAGUUAAAUUAAGUUUUUAUACUGUUUAGUGGUAUCAUUGUGGUUGUGUGCUUUGAAUUUGUAUGUUAAAUAUAAUAAAAUUUAUAAACUG